ACAAGCAAUUCAACUUUUAAGUAGCAAACACAACUAUACUUUUCCUCUCCAUCAUCACUACCUAGCUACUUCAUACAAGCAAGAGCCCUUUAUUAUUUCAUACACAAAAAAAAAGUUAAAUGGGGAUUAGGAAAUCAAAGAAACUCGCAGUGGUGCAGACAGCGAUGAUGAAGCAGAUUCUCAAGAAGUUGGGGAAGAGACACGGCUACGACGAAGAGGGUUUGCCGAUAGAUGUGCCAAAAGGGCACUUUGCGGUGUACGUGGGAGAGAACAGGACGAGGUACAUCGUCCCAAUCUCCUUCUUGGCAGAACCCGAAUUCCAAAUCCUACUGCAUGCUGCAGAGGAGGAAUUUGGGUUUGACCAUGACAUGGGACUCACCAUCCCCUGCGACGAGUACGUGUUCGAAAGUCUAACCUCGGCUCUUGUUCGGUAAUUAAUUAGUUAUUAAUUAAUUGCCGAUUAAGAAGGUCAUGAUCAUCAAUUAACUAGCUUUGUUGGAUGAGUACUUUUGGAUCAUGGAGGUGAAGCUAAUUAACGCCGGCCGGCAAGGACGUGAAACGACGUCGUACAACCACAUGCAUGCGCCUACGUACACGUUCUACGUGACAUUUAUGUAUGGAGCGAUGAUGGCUGCUUAA